AUGGCAACUUUUGCCAAAUCCUCCUUUGACAGCACCAUCAUGAUCUACGCGACUUUCAGGCCGACCUACCCUACGUCCCUGUUUAACUUCAUAUUCCGAUGGGAUAGAGCAGUGGACCUUGGUUGUGGAACGGGUUACGCGUCACUGGCCGUCGACCCAAGUUAUAAGAUGAUCGAAGUUGCUCAAGGUACCCUCCAGAAAACGCCGGAGUGCACUGGUCAAUAUGAGUACAUACAGGCGAGCGCAGAGAGUCUAACAUUCUUGGAGGAUAGCAGUGUGGAUCUAGUCAUUUCCGCCGAGGCAUGUCAUUGGUUCGAUUGGAACAAGAUCUGGCCUGAGCUCGCAAGAGUGCUGAGGAAGAAUGGGAGUCAACCCGGCCGUUUGAUUUUAGAUAACCACUUGAUUGAGGUGCCAGAUGGCAAUGAAGUUGUACCUGGUGCGUUCAGUGAUUCCGAGAGAGUCUUCUUCACAGGUGACUACUACCCAUCCCUCCCUUGCCCACGCUCGGUGAUCAUCCGCAAGAAGAUGACGUGGGAUGACCUGCUAUCUUAUCUUAAUACGUGGAGCUCGUUGCACACAUUCCGUCAGCGCAACCCCACGGAUGGGGAGAACCUGCGUGAAGAUGUUGCAAUGCGGUUCUGGAAAGAUCUUAAGAAAGGUGCCGAGCGGGAGGAUGGGAGACCCGUGGAAGGACAUGAUGAAGUAGACAUUGAAUGGCCGCUGGCGAUGAUAAUGGUUAAGAGGUUGUAA